ACCAUAUACACAUGCCUUUAUAAAAAUCACCUGGAAAACAGGUAAAAGGAUGUUUACAGGUUAAAUGAGUAAAAAAAGAAAAAGAAAUGACCCCGUAGAUGAAGAAGGAAGAAAAGCAUCCAAGGCUGAAGAGAAAGCCAGGUUAUUUGAAAAGUCGAAACUCUUUCCAAAGAUAGUAGGUGUUUGUUAUGAGAAAACACAAGCGACAUGGAUAGCUACAUGGAGAGCUAAUGGCAAAACCUGCCACAAGUACUUCAGUACCUCUACCCUAGGGUUUGAGGAAGCCUAUCACCGUGCUGUUUCGUGUCGAAUAACAAACAUCCAAAAGAAGAAGAAUCUAUUUAAACAUGAUAUUUCGGCUUUACAGUCCCAGGCUAGCUCAGAAAACGUUCUCAUUGAAACCAGCAUAUUUCCCUUGUCAACUCAAGAACCAAACACGGAGGAGCAUUAUAGGCUGAAAAUGCACAAGUGCGCUCUAUACUGUAUAUUAGAAGAUUUAAAGUGGAAUUCUCCUAGAACUGUUCCACAUAUGGAUGUAGACAGUCUCAAAACUCUCAAUGAGAUUAUAGACAAACAUAUUUUAAACAUAUGGCAUUCAACCGACAUCUCCCAGAUUCAAAAGUAUUUAGACAUGUUUCAGCCAUUUUUGGAUCUGCAUAUGCUCCCAAACACACUAGACAUCAAAGAACAGGCAGACUAUGUCCAUGCCAUAUACGAAAUGCCAGUGUGAUUGAUGGCAUGAAUACUGAGAUUUGAGGUUUAAUUUUGCCAUUAUGGAGACUACGUAGCGUAAUUACGAAUGGAAUAGUCCAAACGGUACGACAUCGCAAAAUACGUUCGAGAUUCUAACACCCUGUAAUACGAGAUAUUCAACGUAUAUUAACCAUUAUUCUUAUGU